AUGUUUCCCCUUGUCAGCUUGCCUGAGACACAUUCCUUAAGGAAGAGAUUAAGUGCAGGAGAAGAAAUUUCCUUUGACCAAAAGGGAGCAUUAGUAGCUGGCUUUGAUAUUAUCAACUGGGUCACAUUCCCAAAUGAGUCCUUUCUUAGAGUCAAAGUUGGAAAAGUGGACCCACAGAUUCUCCAAGAAAGGGGGCUCAGAAUUCAUGAUGAUGCCAUCAUAUGGCCCAGCAACUUCAACCAGACACCACCUCCUUCUGUGUGCAAUGAGAAUUGCCAUUUAGGUUACAGUCGGACCAAGAAGGAAGGAAAGCCUGCUUGUUGCUAUGAUUGUCUUCCGUGUCCAGAAGGGAAGAUCUCAAACCAGAAGGACAUGGAUGUUUGCUUUGAAUGUCCUGGGAACCAAUAUCCAAACCAUUUCCAGGAUGGAUGCCUUCCAAAACAAAUAACUUUCUUGUCUUAUGGAGAACCUUUGGGCAUAAUUUUGUCCUCUUUGGCUCUCUCCUUUUCUCUCCUCACUGCUUUGGUCCUUGGAAUAUUCCUGAAGCACAUGGAUACUCCUAUAGUCAAGGCCAACAACCGGAACCUCACCUACACUCUCCUCGUCUCCCUCUUGCUUUCCUUCCUUUGUGUUUUGCUAUUCGUUGGCCAGCCUGGAGCACUGACAUGCCUCCUUCGACAAAGUGCUUUUGGUAUGAUCUUCUCUGUAGCAGUUUCUUGCAUAUUGGCCAAAACCAUCAUUGUGGUUCUGGCUUUCAUGGCCACCAAGCCAGGCUCCAAGAUGAGAAGGUGGGUGGGAAAACCAUUGUCCAACUCCAUUGUCCUUUCCUGCUUUCUUAUUCAAGCCACCAUUUGUACUGUGUGGUUGGCAACUUCUCCCCCAUUCCCUGAUUUAGACAUGCAUACAAUGAUCCAAGAAAUGGUUCUGCUCUGUAAUGAGGGGUCGGUCCUUAUGUUUUAUUUUGUGUUGGGCUACAUGGGCUUCUUGGCUUCUGUCAGCUUUAUUGUGGCUUUUCUUGCUCGGAGGUUGCCUGACAGCUUUAAUGAAGCCAAGUUCAUUACAUUCAGCAUGCUGGUCUUUUGCAGUGUUUGGCUGUCCUUUGUCCCAACCUACCUGAGCACAAAAGGAAAAUACAUGGUGGCUGUGGAGAUCUUCUCCAUCUUGGCCUCCAGUUCGGGGUUACUUGGGUGCAUCUUUUUCCCCAAAUGCUAUAUCAUUUUACUGAGGCCUGAACUGAAUACCAAGGGACAGUUAAUUAGGACAACAAAGAAUCAGUCUAGCUCAAUUCAAAAGUCUUUUAUUAGUAAUGAGUGA